AUGUUCUCUUUGGCAAAGUUAUCUUACUACACUUGCAACGAUGAAGAAAAGGAUUUUUACAACGUUUUGGAAACUUUAAAAAUUGAUAUACAACCCUGUUGUAUCGAUAUUAUGAAUUACCAGAAAAAAAAGUCAAAAUUAAAUAUUGAGGAUAAUAAUAUUGAAGUUAAAUAUAUGGAAGAUGAAGAUUACCCGAUGAGCGAAAAGGCCGCUGCAAGUGGUCAUUUAAUAUGUUUAGCGUUCACUGAAGUUUGCGGGUUCCCGUGGACACGAUCCGUACGCGCAAAUGCUGCUAAAAAUGUAAUUGAAUACAAUCGCUUUCGUUCAUUUGAUGAGGUCGUGUGCCAGGUAGCGGCCCUUAAUGGCCAACUGGAGUGUCUAGUAUACCUCCACAACAAUGGGUGUCUAUGGGACGAUAACACGUGUAAAGCAGCCGCAGAAGGUGGGCAUAUUGAUUUUGUUGAACGAGGAUUAUAAAAUGGAUCGACAAAAGAUUAAAUAUACAACACAAUUAGUUAUAAUAAGAAUACGUAAUAUUUCACUAUAACUAAAACACAUAACUAAGUAUGAAAAGUAAAUUGCCUUCUAACAAUGUAAGUUCUAUGCUUACGAAACAUACAUGACGUACACCUAGACAAUACUAAAAUGCCGUGCAUAGUACACUAAUACACAGCCUUAUAUACUAAUGAUCUAUUGACCCAUGGCUCACGCCAUUUUACAAGCUCUCUUAUUUGCUAAUUUAAUAUCACGCCAUAUGUGGUGUGAUUUAACAGAUUGCAAUAACAACUUACUAUGUUGUUGUUAUUGCACAUUAUAAUGCUACUUUUAUACAAUGUUAAAUUAUAUUCAACACACCCCCGUAAUUAAUAUUUUAUAUAAUCAUAAAAAUUAAAGUAAUUUUAACAACGAUAAUUUCUGCCUUAAUUUUUCAAACCUAUCCUUCGGAAGUGGUUUAGUGAAAAAAUCUGCAUAUUGUUCUUCUGUAUCUACGUACUGUAGUCGAAAUAAGUUUUCUUCAAACUUUUCCCUAAUGAAAUGAUAUCUGACGUCAAUGUGUUUAGUCCUCUUAUGAAACUCUGGAUUUUUCACUAGUCGUAUUGCACUUUGAUUGUCCACAUAUAAUGUCGGUUGUUCAUCCGUUGCGUUGUUGCAGAUUUCUUUGACUAAUCUGUCAAUCCAAAUCAAACCUUUGAUUGUUUCACAUGCCGAUAUAUAUUCUGCUUCUGUUGAACUGAGAGUUACUAUGGGUUGCCUUUGCGCUUGCCAUGAUACCGUAGAUAAUCCUAGCAUGAACAAAUGACCUGAGGUUGAACGUCUUGUUCCUAAAUCUCCUGCGUAGUCUGAAUCUGAAUACACACUUAAACAUAAAUUUACGUUAGAUUUGUAAUAUAGACCAAAUUUUGUUGUUCCUUUUACGUAACGAAUUAUUCGUUUUACCAUGGUCCAAUGUACCGUCGUUGGAUUGUUUAAAAACCUACUAACAUAGUUUACAGCGAAUGCUAUAUCUGGCCUCGUGACUUGAGAUAAAAAUAAUAAAUUUCCUACAGCCUGCCUGUAU